AGCAGGCUACUCUUGAGCUGUGUGUGCUUUUCGGUCUUUCUGCUUUGAUAACGUGAUGGAAGGAUGUGGUUUUUCUUAAACACAUGAAGCAUAAGUUGCUGCUGUUAAGUGUGAGUGAGGAAGUUUGCGCAAGUGAAUGGGAAGGAAGGCUCAGCCUGUGAUGAUUUUGUGCAUUUGGCGUAUCACUUAUCGAGAUCUUCACAUACACAUAAACAUACAAUAUACAUCUACACACGUGAGAGACGUUUGAAACGCUGAUAACUGUGAGCAUUGGAAAUAUUGGAAGGUCAGCAGAAGAAGAAUGUCAUUUUACGGAUAUCUCCUCAUAGCUUUCAUCAUUUUUAGGCAGGAUUUUUGCUCUGCUGAACAGCCAUCCAACCCAGAAGCUCCCACCCUGACCCAGACAUCCAUGAUUGGUUCAUCAGUGGAGUUAUUGUGUCAGGCUCCACAGGGCUCUGGUGGUCUUGAAUUUAAACUCUUCAAAUUACGGACACUGGUAGAUACUGUCAGUUAUCGGAGUAAACAGCGAGAGGCACGAUUUGUGCUCAAGGGAAUAGAUACAAGCGAAGAAAACUGGUACUGUUGUCAGUAUGAAAACAGCAUUAUCAGUCCUUAUUUUAGCCCAAAGUUGAAAAGUACCGCCAAAGUACCUGUUGCCCCCCCUCCAUCCCCUCGUCUGGUGGUGGAGCCCUCGAGUGAAUAUGUGGUUACUGAUCAAACGCUGUCAUUCCGAUGUCAGGCCCCAGCUGCCUCUCUGAAUCAACCACCGGACGCUUUCCUCCUAAUCCAGAGAACCAGAGAAACCUCCAUGACCGGCCCUUACAAACUGGUGUCCCGGUCUCAGCAGCCUCUCUUCAGUGUAAAGACAAUGGGACGAGAAGACAGCGGCGACUACGUCUGUCUUUACCAACUCACCUUACCAAAGACGGGGCAGGUGAACUCUUCUACCAGUCAGCCGGUACACAUUACUGUUAUAGACCUCCCAGUUCCCACUUUGUCAUUGUCCAAAAAUGACAGGAGUGAUGUUUUGGAGUGUGUGGGUUCCCCCGCAUUUCCACAAGCUUACUUCUCUUUAUUCCGUGUGGGUUCCUUGUUUCCCGAGGCGACCCGCCCGUUUUCCUUGACCGAAGUCCGUGGUAGAUUUCCAGUAGCCAACCACUACGAGCAAGGCGAACAGUAUCAGUGCCAAUACACAGUGCAGCUGGGUAACUCUAACCUGUACUCUAAAAUGAGCCUCCCUGUCAAUCUCCCAUGCAUUCAAGGAAAGCAAUGCACACCAUCCUCUACAGGCAGAACAGGGAAGGCAGAUCUGGUGCUUAUUAUUGGCUCCGUUUCUGCUGGUGUGCUUUUCCUUAUGGUGGUGUCGCUCCUGAGCUUUGCCAUACACAGACAUAUCAAAAAAAUGGCAGAGAAAAGAAGAAAAAGAGAACAAGACAAAUUGUGGCAACAAAUUCACAUCGGAGAUCCUAUUAUUGAUCUUCCACUGCAGCCUUUUGACUGUAACUCACAGGAUUUUGAACCAGCGUUUAAUAGACGACCAUUGGUGCCAGAGCCCAUCUAUGACUGCCCCAUGAUGACAACCUUUACCAAUCCUGCACUCCUUUAAAUUCUGUUUGCCUAUAUUGGUUGAAGGCUGUGGGUUCCAUCCCCAGGGAAAAUGUAUAUCUUGUUUGCAUAAUUGUCUAUCUAUCUGUCAUCCAUUUAUAUCAC